CUUUGGGCAAUAUUGGAAGUUUCAGAGCCUCAGAAACUAGAAUCAUCAGAUAAUCAGAUGAAGCAUUCACGUUCGAGUAUGAAUACGUCUACAGGUGAGAAAUAUUUUUGGUGUUUAUUAUUGCUUCCUCAACUAAUUCCUCAAAUAUUUACUUAUCUCUCGAAAUUUACGAUUGAGGACCGAGACAUUUACUCCCUCGAUAAUGUGCAAGAAUGUGAAGAUUUAGAAGUAAUAGUAGGGAGAGCUAGUGAUCAACUUUGA